AUGGCGCGGUUCCUCGGAGGCGUGCUCUAUGGGGCGAGUACGUCGCCGGCGGCGUUCUUGACGGAGGAUGCGGCGGAGUUGACGGUCUUGAGUGGGCCGGGCCCGCCGAAUAAUGGGUUGUGGUUCUCGAGUACGAGGGAUGGGAAGAAUUGGGAGGAUGUUACGGAUAUUAGGAAGGAGGUUAGUUUGAUUGGGUUGUUGCCGGGGAGUAGUUCUAGUGGGGUGUAUUAUCAUACCAGGCCGUAUGUUUUCUGGACGGGGAUUGGGGAGGCGGGGUUGUGGUAUUCGAGGGGCGCGAAGAGGACGAAGAGUGUGGGGGUGGUGAGGGAGAUUGAUGAUGCAGAGGUGGACUGUGGUGGAGAAGAUAUGAUGAAGCAGGGUUUGAUGGGUGUGGAGGGUGGGGAAAUGAUGAGUGAGAUGAGGUGGAUGCAGGGUGGUCAGCUUUCACGGAGGGAUUGGUUGAAGACGGUUGGGAAGGUGUUUUUGGCUGUCAUUGCGCUUGUGAUGGUGUCGGUCUUCUGGAAUGUGGUUUUGUGA